UGAGCGUAGAUGAAUGUGUGAAGAAGCGGGAAAAAGGUCGUUGCGGUCGGUUGCAUUCAGCACAAUUGCGUUUUUUUCUUCCUUCGCUCAUAUGCUGCGUUUUGCGGCUGUCGCUCGAGUUUCGAGUUCGAUUAACGCACAAUAUCUUCUGCAGUGAAUACAUUUUCGAUUCGCGCGUUUGAACGAUUCGAUUUCGCGGCCGGUGGCGAUCCCAGUAGGCGCCUUUGUGGUUGGUCGUGCGUGGUGUGAAUAUUAAAACAAAACAAAAGUGUGCUUAAGAGAUUACCCCCCAGAGGUGGUUGGAGUCAGUGGAAAGCUACGUGCUUAAACGGAAUAUGAGAUGUGGUGUUUGCUAGUGCUGCUGCAGAUUCUCCUGGUAAAGGAAACGGCCUUCGGAAUCAGUAUGACGGGUGUGGUGGUUCCAAAACACACCGUCCGGGGCAAUUCGGUCAAACUGGAAUGUCAUUACGAUCUGGAGGGCGAUGCGCUGUACGCCAUCAAAUGGUACAAGGAUGGUUACGAGAUCUUUCGAUACGUGCCACGGGACUAUCCACCUGGAAUGGUUUUCCCACAGCCUGGCGUCCACGUGGAUCUACAAAACACGACCAACACCCAGCUGGUGCUGGAUCCGAUCGAGCUGAACUCCAGCGGGAAGUACCGGUGCGAAGUGUCCGCCGAAGCUCCGUCCUUCCAGACCGUGUCCGAUCACGGUGACAUGACAGUCGUUGUGCUCCCGGACGAGGACCCACAUAUCACGGGUGGAAAACCCCGCUACCAGAUCGGAGACUACGUUCGGGUAAACUGCACAUCAGGCCGUUCCAAGCCAGCCGUUCACCUUACCUGGUACAUCAACGGAGAUCCGGCCGAUCAAUCACUUCUGCGUCACUAUGAACCCAUCGUUUCCGGAUCCGAUCGACUGGAAACCUCGAUCCUGGGGCUCGAGUUCAAAGUGAAACCAAAACACUUCAAACGCGGCGAUAUGAAGCUUAAGUGUCUCGCGAUGAUUUCAACCGUUUACUGGAAAAGCAACGAGGAAAGCGUCGAGGGUGACAAACCCCAGAAGGCGCCUAUGCUGGAGUCCCGAAAAGCGGUGGUGUCCAACAGCCGGGCGGAUCGAGUGCAAGGUGAACCAUGAACUUUCUUUUAGAUUAGAUUUUAAUAUUUUUUUUUUCAAACAUAUUUUAUAAGGCAAUAAUGCUUCAAUAUAAAAGUUGAAUUUUGAAUAAUGAAACCCAAUGAGCUUAUUUUUGUCGAAUUA